UCUGGAGUCGCGCCAGCACACGGUACCGGUCGCCGUCGAAGCUGGGCGAGCGGAGGACACGCGCUGCGAUCUGAGAGACCUUUGUCGCCUUAAAAAAGAAAAGGAAGGUUCCAGGUCCUGGUCAGCUCUUCCCAGUCUGAGACGCCAUGGCAGCCUGCUGGGUCCACUAUUUACUCCUCCUGCUGCUGGGAGUCUCCCACCAGACUCUGGCCCAAAGUCUACAAUGUGCGGUCAGCAAAGUCCUGCGUUUAGAAGACGAUCCAAGCCGAACCUUUAACUGGACUUCAAAGCCUGACAAGGUUGAGACGUGCAACCCUGGAGAGCUUUGCCAGGAAACCGUACUGUUGAUUAAAGCAGAGGGAACCAAGACUGCGGUUGUGGCCAGUAAGGGCUGUGCCUCUCGAGAGAUAGAAGCAGUGACUUUCAUCCAAUACACGCCACCUCCCGGCGUGAUCGCCAUCUCCUACAGUAACUACUGCAACAGCUCCCUCUGCAACAACAGCAAGAACGUCUCUCUGUUCUGGAAACCACCAGACACCACAGCAACUUCCAAAAUAUUGGGAGCCCUCAGCUGCCCAACAUGUGUGGCUCUGGGGUCGUGUUCCAGUGCCCCGUCAAUGCCCUGUGCCAACAGUACAACUCAGUGCUAUCAAGGAAAAAUUGAGCUCUCCGGAGGAGGAAUGGACUCCGUUUUGCAUAUUAAAGGCUGCACCACUGCGAUUGGCUGCAGACUCAUGGCGGCAAUUACCUCAGUGGGGCCCAUGACAGUAAAGGAGACUUGCAGCUACCACUCGCUCCUUCAGCCCAGGAAGGCAGAAGAAAGUCGGGCCUCCUGGAGGUCCACCUCACUGUGGGUGCUGGAGCUCCUGCUGCCCGCUGUGCUGGUGGCCCUCACCCACUUCCCCUGAGAGGGCACUGUCGGAGUCUGGCUGCUGACCUCCAAUUUGAAGAAGAAUGGGGUGGGCUUGAGGGGCAGAGAAACGGGAUGUGUAUUUGACACAAAGAAUAAACUUAGUGCUUUGUUGUUA